AUGUCCGCGUCCGCCGUAGCCAGCGGCAAGUCCCAGAAUGCCACCUUCAGGCAGGACAAGGAGAAGCCGAUGGCCGUCCGGUCGUCCAACAUUGUCGCGGCCAGAGCGGUUGCCGAUGCGAUCCGAACCUCUCUCGGCCCCCGAGGCAUGGACAAGAUGAUCCGGAGCGGCAAGGGCGAGACCAUCAUCACCAACGACGGCCACACGAUGCUCAAGAGCAUGUCGGUCAUGCACCCGACGGCGAAGAUGCUCGUCAACCUCGCCGGCGCCCAAGACGUCGAGGCCGGCGACGGCACCACCUCGGUCGUCGUCAUCUGCGGAAGCUUGCUCGGCGCCGCCGACCGGCUGCUGUCCAAAGGCAUCCACCCUUCCGUCAUCUCCGAGGCCUUCCAGAGAGCAGCCGGCGCGGCGGUGGAGGUGCUGCACGACAUGUCCCAGCCCAUCUCCCUCAGCGACACCGCUUCCCUCCUGCAAGCGGCCAACACGUCGCUGUCGUCCAAGAUUGUGUCGCAGUACUCGAACCUCCUCGGGCCCAUGGCCGUCAACUCGGUUACCAAGACGAUCGACAUCAAGACGGCGGAUAACGUGGACCUGAACAACAUUCGAAUCAUCAAAAAGGUGGGGGGAACCAUCGAGGACAGCGAGCUCGUCGACGGCCUCGUCCUCAACCAGCCUGUGCUGAAGAACGCCGGCGGACCGGCGCGGAUGGAGAAGGCGCGCAUCGGACUGAUCCAGUUCCAGCUGAGCCCGCCCAAGCCGGAUAUGGAGAACACGAUUCAGGUCAACGACUAUAGGCAAAUGGACAAGAUCGUCAAGGAGGAGCGCCUCUACCUGCUGAACAUGGCCAAGAAGAUCAAGAAGGCCAAGUGCAACGUGCUGCUGAUCCAGAAGUCGAUCCUCCGCGACGCCGUCAACGACCUCUCCCUCCACUUCCUCGCCAAGCUCGGCAUCCUCGCCAUCAAGGACAUUGAGCGGGACGAGGUCGAGUUCAUCUGCAAGUCGACGGGAUGCAAGCCCAUCGCCGACAUCGAAUCCUUCACCGAGGACAAGCUCGGCUCCGCCGACCUCGUCGAGGAGGUGCAGUCGUCGGGCGCGCGCAUGGUCAAGGUGACGGGCGCCAAGGCGACGGGCAAGACCGUCUCCGUCGUCGUCCGCGGCGCCAACUCUCUCAUCCUCGAGGAGGCGGAGCGCAGCUUGCACGACGCGCUCUGCGUCAUGCGCUGCCUCGUGAAGAAGAAGGCGCUCAUCGCCGGCGGCGGCGCGGCCGAGAUCGAGAUCGCGGCUCAGCUGUCGAAGCAGGCGCGUGGCCUGACGGGCACCGAGGCCAUCUGCUGGAAGGCCUUUGCCGACGCCAUGGAGGUGAUCCCGACGACGCUGGCCGAGAACGCGGGCUUGAACAGCAUCAAGGUGGUGACGGACCUGAGGCACCGGCACGAGAUGGGCGAGAAGAAUGCGGGCGUGAGCAUCAAGUCGGGUGGCGUCAACACGAACAUUUCGAAGGAGAACGUGCUGCAGCCGCUGCUGGUGAGUACGAGCGCCAUUGAGCUGGCGGCGGAGACGGUGAAGAUGAUUCUGAGGAUAGAUGACAUUGCCUUGACGAGAUGA